UUUUUAAUGUUUUGAUUGUAAUUAUAGAUAAAUCAAUAAACCGUUACUGGUUUUUUUAAUAAAAAUCCGUCUGUUACGCAUGCGUAUAAGUAGCGUCGAACAAUUUUUUUUAACUCCGAUAUUAUAUAUAUAUAUAUAUAUAUAUGUAUAUUACGUCAUAUCUAAUAAGUUCGUUUAUUGGACGAUUUCCUUUAAUUAAAAAUUCUCCGUCACGGGUUAAUUACGAAUUACGGACAUCGUUAUUUAUUAUUAGGUUACUCCCAACUUCGUAACGCGAUUGUUAUUGGAUUACUUAAUUUAAAAAUUGUUCGCGUCAUAACUGGAUCGUUCCUAUCUAUUCUCCACCAAUCAGAGCGUUACAUUUGGCUGAGUGAAUACAAUAGCCUCUGUGGAUCUCAUUCGAAGAGGAGUGUAAGUGUUGAGAGGAAUUCUGAAGGUUUUAAAUGGAUAGAAAAACACUUCGACAGGAUAUUAUGAAGAUUCUAAUACUUGUUAUUGCUUUAUUUGUCAAUAUAAACUGUGAAAAGGUUUACUUUCACGAAAAGUUUAACGAUGGAGAAGCCUGGAAAGAAAGAUGGGUUCAGUCUGAACAUAAAGGAAAUGAAAUGGGUGAAUUUAUAUUAACUCAUGGAAAAUUUUAUGGUGAUUUUGAGAAAAGUAAAGGUUUACAGACGUCCGAGGACGCCCGAUUCUACGGUCUCUCGGCUAAAUUCGAACCUUUCUCAAACAAAGACGACGUGCUAGUUAUACAGUUUACGGUUAAACACGAACAGAAUAUAGAUUGUGGUGGUGGUUAUUUAAAACUAUUUGAUUGCAGUAUAGAUCAGAAAGAUCUUCAUGGAGAAAGUCCAUAUCUCAUCAUGUUUGGACCUGAUAUUUGUGGUCCAUCAACUAAGAAAGUUCAUGUGAUAUUUAAUUAUAAAGGAAGGAAUCUGUUGAUUGAAAAAGAUAUAAGAUGCAAAGAUGAUGAAUAUACACAUUUAUAUACAUUAAUUGUGAAACCUGAUAAUACAUAUAUUGUAAAAAUUGAUAACGAUAAAGUAGCAAGUGGAGAUUUGGAGAAUGAUUGGAACUUUCUACCACCAAGAAGAAUUAAAGAUCCAAAUGCAACAAAACCUAAAGACUGGGAUGAUCGACCAAUGAUUGAUGAUCCAGAAGAUAAAAAGCCAGAGGAUUGGGAUAAACCAGAAUAUAUUCUUGACCCCGAAGCAGUGAAACCAGAAGAUUGGGAUGAUGAGAUGGAUGGAGAAUGGGAACCUCCAAUGAUUAAUAAUCCAGAUUACAAAGGUGAAUGGAAGCCAAAACAGAUCGAUAAUCCUGAUUAUAAAGGACCAUGGAUCCAUCCUGAAAUUGAUAAUCCAGAUUAUGUUGCUGAUCCGCUUCUUUACAGCUAUGAAGAAAUAUGCAUUGUUGGUUUUGAUUUGUGGCAGGUAACAUUUAUCUUUGUAAUUUUAAAACAUAUAAUAAUAUCGGGUCAAAUAGAAAGUCACUGCCAUCAAAAAGCAUUUGUAAAAAUGUCUGUAGAUGAUAAUGAUAGGGUAAGAAAUUAAAAAAACACCUUUUUU